AUGAUGCAACUUAACAUUAGUGAGGGUGUGGGUGCAGGUUGCUUUUGCUAUUCCCUCCAUUUACUUUUCACUUUUUAUUUCAUAGUUUGCUUUAUGUUUAUGGAAGGAUAUAUAUAUAUAUAUAUAUAUAUAUAUAUCGCAAACCUCCUGAUUGUCCGAGAAACUAUUGUUAUCAUUACUGUUACCGUCAUGAAGAAUAAGCGUUUAACUAGUUUGAUUGUACGUUGCACCUUCAAUCUAAAAGGUUUUCCGUUUUUGAAGUGA